CACAAACAGCCAGGAGCUGAGCGACGUCUGCUUUUCUCCUUGACUUUGGCACCUUUCUUCUGAGUGUUUCUCGCCCAGACCAUCAUCAACAGAACCAUGGCCGACUCUAGGAUGAGGUACUGCCGACUUUGCCAUGGACCCUGUGACGACUGUGAGGUCUGCCUGCGGAACCCUGAUCGAUUCAAGCCGUCAACUGAUAUGAUCAAGAUAGCACUGGAGAAAAAAGGGGCAUUUACUAGUUCCACAUUCUGCACAACUUCGUCGGACCCCCCGGAGAUUUUGGUCAGCGACGGUGAAAAUGGCGGCACCAAGGUGGACGUGAGGCUGAAAUCCAUGCUCUUCAUCUCCGAGUACCGUAAUCCCAAGUCACUGAAGCACAGGGAGCUCGCGGAAGCUGCCAGGGAGGAGAUCAUCAGGUCCUUUGACUUGCCAAGGGAUAGGGUGGGCGAUGGGGAUAUUGAAAUCGACAUAAGGGAGGGAUCAAUAAAGAUCCUUAUGGUAUUGAAUGCCUCAAUCAUAACCAUUGCUGCUGUUACAAUUGCUGGCUUGUGUAGUGUUGACAGAGCUGGAGGUGCAAGGGCACCUGGCGCAAAUGUGUCAGAGAAUGGAAUGCCAGUUGGCCCCCCUGGUAUGCUUGCUCGUGAACUUUUUGAUGGCGUAAGGGAGGAUAUUGCACGUAAAGUUAAACAAGCGGGAUCAGCGGCGGGUGGGGCGGUUCUCGGAGCUACCGCUGGUGCACCUGCAGGUCCUGUAGGGAUGGCCGUAGGCGGCGCAGUUGGUGGAAUAGUUGGGGGGUUGUUUGGCUAA